AUGGCACCAUCAACCCCAUCAGGGUCGAUCUUUGGCGGAGGAGGGGGAGGCCAGGGCGCUGCUGCGGGUCAAUCGACCAACACAUACAUCAUGCCCAGUUCUCCCAUGAAGAAAGCCGCUACGGAUGGGUAUAGGCCCAAGGUGACGCGCACUCUGGGCCAGCGUCCGGCCUGUCUGGUCAACGCCUCCGUCACGUACUGCGGGAACAACCAGAUUUAUGCUUUUGGUGGAUUCGACCAAUACACAGACGAGGUCUACAACCACGUCCUGCGCCUGGACCUGGUCAAACACGAAUGGAGUCUGGUCGAUAAUUAUGGGGAUAUCCCGGGUGUUCGCAUGGGCCAUACGGCUACACUCUACCAGGGCGAUAAACUCCUCGUAUUUGGAGGCGAGAACGAGCACCGUACCUACCUCUCCGACCUCAUCAUCUUCGACCUCAAGACUGCCCACUGGACGCAACCAACGGUGUCGGGGCCCGUUCCCAAAGGUCGAGCGAGACAUGCGGCGCUCCUGCAUGACGACAAGCUGUUCAUCAUCGGGGGCAUAACAGGUCAUGAUAACUAUGUGUUGGAUGAUAUAUGCUACAUUGAUCUCAAGACCUUUACCUGGUCCAGGCCAUGGCGCUUUGUGGGUAGAUUCGAUCACUCUGCCUACGUCUGGGGUGAUAGAAUUUGGGUCUUUGGUGGCCUGAGUGAGGAUAUGGAUAAAGUUAGCGACUUGUGGUGGCUUGACCUCAAGGGUAGCCCAGCCUUCGAGACCACACCACAGAUGGGCGCAUUCGACCGUUCAGGUCUGGGCAGCCGUGCGGGAAGCUCGCCGAGACCUCCUUACUCGAUCGGACAGGCACCCGCUGUUGGUGCUUCUGGUUAUGCAGCCAAUUCACGGACCGCACAAGUAAAUCCGCCCUCUUUCCAGCUCAAAAACUAUGCUCCCAUGGCCCCAGGAGCAAUCUCGUCGUUGAAGUUCCACUUCGGCCCGAACAUUCCUUCUCAAGGACCCGGUAUACACUUCCACGUAUACUCAUCUGGAACCCUCCUGGACUUUGUCACGCCUGCUGCCACCAUCACCUCGAAAGACUGUUCCCUGUCUGCGCUUGACUUGGGAUCCCUACGGUGGCAGAAAGUGGCAGAGGGGCGGGAAAUAUUCAAGUCUGGCUACACCUGGCAUUAUUGCACGAUGAAUGAGGAUGGUACGAAGGCAUGGCUGCUUGGCUGCCCCUCCGAUACGGGUGCUCCGGAUUUGGGUGGCAACGGGCUGGAAGAGUACCUGAGCGACAUCAUGGAAGUGGAUUUGCGUAAGUAUGGCUUCCUGGGUAAUCACCUGACCCCCGAGCCCCGCGCAGAGAUGGCGGAGCCCCUUGCACGAGCUCGUCGUGUGGACACUCCCUCGAAGGGACUCGGUGCAGACCUGGCGAAACUUUUUAACAAACCACCUGAGUCGGGGAGCGGGACGGACUUUGUUGUCACUGCGCUCUCUGGUGACCCAGACGAGCAGGAUCUGCUGGGCUCGGCCCUGAUUCGUGUGACUGAUGUGGCCGACGGCGAUCAAACGUGGUUGUCACCAGACGCACCGACGUCGCCUCCUAUCUAUGCGCAUCGACUCAUCCUCUAUGCUCGAUGGCCACAUUUUGCUCGGCUCUGGGAUUCUCAUAUGGCCGAGUUCCACAACAAGAAGAUGCACAUACCCGAACCAUAUUCAGUGGUGAAGGCUUUCCUCUACUACCUGUACACGGAUCGGAUCGAUCAGGCGCCGGAGGACGAGGGAGUCGAUGGGCCCAGCUCUGAUCUUACGGAUAUCGCAGGGCUGCUGGUCAUGUCCAACAUCUACAACAUCCCUCACCUGCGGCUUCUAUGCGUCAAUCGUCUCAGUAAGGAGCUGGACGUGGACCAUGCGUGUAUCAUCUGGUACUGUUCCGGCCUCGCGAGCGAGGAGUGGCUACGCAAGCGGGCGGCAGGGUUUUGCUUGACGCACUGGGGCCGCAUCGUGCGCACCACGGGCUUCCUGCGGCUCCCUCGCUCUGCUAUCGUCGAGCUGUCCCAGGAGAUCGAUACCGAGGGUCGUGUCAUUGGCGGCGAAGAGCUCGACAUGUUUGUCGAUGGCAGCCGGUACGGAGAAACGAGGAGGAAGGAAAGCCUCUCCAGCAACCAGACGCAGAUGCUGGAGGGCGACGAGGAGGUGGAAGAGGACGAUAACAUGGACUUGAACUAGGUGCACGUCACACUGAAAAGAGGUUCUCCCCCUGGAUGACAGAUAAGUGGGCGGCGUGCAUAGUCCGACUGUUCUCUAUAAGCUGCUACCUUUCGUUUAAGAGUACCUUGGGGAGGGGGAAAUGAAUUCAUUGCAAGGCGUUACAGGUGGUUUGGCUGGCUUUUUAUCACAUUGUCCAUUGCUAGAGACAGGACAUAGACGAGGGUCAAUUUAUUACGAACUCUUUUUUCCCCCGGAUCAAGGUCAGACGGUGAGUUCAGGACUUUUCGUUUCAAUCAAAAUCUUGCUUCUUUCCAC